CCUGCCCAUGAUGCCCCCGCCGCCGCCGGCCAUUGCCACAUUGGCGCUGCACCUGCUGCUGUCGCGUCCCUCGCUGACCGCCGCGCAGCUCCGCCAGGUCCACGCCCACCUGCUCGUCUCCUCCCUCCUGGCCGACCGCUUCUUCCCCAACUCGCUCCUCCGCUCCCUCCUCCCGGCCUCCCCGCUGCGCGCCCUCCGCCUCUUCCCGCGCCUCCGCCGCAUCACCACCAACGCUAAUCCCCUCUUCCCCAACGCCUACACCUUCUCCUUCCUGCUCACCGCCUCCGCCUCCCUCGCUCCUCCGCAUCACGCCUCGCCGCGCCUCCUCGUCUCCUCGCUCCACGCCCUCGCCAUCCUCCUCGCCUUCGAUGCCCACGCCUACGUCUCCAACGGCCUCAUCCACGCCUACGCCUCCUGCGGCCUCCUCUGCUCCGCCCGCCGCGUCUUCGACGUCAACGGUUCCUGCAGGGACGUCUGCUCUUGGACAGCUCUCCUCACCGCCUUUGCCAGGGCGGCCCGCCUCGAAGACGCGCGCGCCCUGUUCGACGCAAUGCCCAACAAAACCACCAUCGCCUGGGGCGCGAUGCUCAGCUCGUACGUCGGCGCCGGGAGCUUCGCGGAGGCCGUCGACGUGUUCCAGGACAUGCUCAGGGCCCGCGUGCGCCCCAACAGGGCGGCGGUCCUCGGCGUGCUGGCCGCGUGCGGGGCGCUCGGAGCCCUGGAGCAGGGACGGUGGGUGCAUGCCUUUGUGAAUGGCGGCGAGAUGGCGGGGGACAGGAUGGUGGCCACAGCGCUGGUGGACAUGUACGCGAAAUGCGGGAGCCUGGAGACGGCGAGGCAGGUGUUCGAGGGCAUGGCGGAGCGGGACGUGUUCGCGUACACGGCCAUGAUCACGGGCCUGUCGGACCACGGGCGCUCCAUGGAAGCAAUCGAGGUGUUCGGGCGGAUGCAGGAAGAAGGGGUGCGGCCGAACGAGGUGACCUUCAUCUGCGUGCUGAGCGCGUGCGGGAGGGCGGGGCUGGUGGGGCGCGCGCGAGAGAUGUUCGGGAGCAUGGCGGCGGAGUACGGCGUGGAGGCCGGGGUGGAGCACUACGGCAGCCUGGUGGACGUGCUGGGGCGCGCGGGGAUGGUGGAGGAGGCCCUGGAGGUGGUGCGGGGGAUGCCGAUGAGGCCCGACGCGUACGUGGUGGGGGCGCUGCUGAACGCGUGCGUGGCGCGCGGCGACGUGGAGGCCGGGAAGAAGGUGGCGGAGAUGAUAGCGGAGCUGGGGCUGGAGCACAGCGGGCUGCAGGUGCAGCUGUCGAACCUGUACGCGGGGCGGGGGAAGUGGGAGGAGGUGGUUAGCGUGCGGAGGGGGAUGGAGGAGAGGAGGGUGCUCAAGGUGCCCGGCUGCAGCAUGGUGGAGGUGGACGGCGUCGCCAGAGAGUUCGUGGCCGGCGACCGCUCGCAGGAGGCGUGGAUCAUCGACGUCGCCGAGCAGCUGGACGCGCAGCUGCGGAUGGUCGCUCUCGCCCACCACUGAGCUCCUUUCUUUCUAUCUAAUUUUCUCAGCAAUGCAAUCCCAGGCUGAGCUGUUUGUUAGUCAAUCCAUUUCACAUAUAAAAUAUGUUGCCUAUCACUGGAUUUCGUAAUUAAUACUAAUAAACUUAACAUGUAUAAAAUAGAAAAGACUAAAACAAAGUGCUACAAUUCUAAGUCACACCUCAAAAUUAAUAAACUCCCGUUUCAUAUUAUAAAAUGUGUUUUUGGUCAUACCUAGAUUCGUUUAUGUAUAAAUGGAUAUGUUUUAUAUACUUUUCUAUAUUCAUUUCAUUGAGAGGAACAAAACCUCUAAUAAUAUGAAAUGGAGAUAAUACUGGG